GAGUGCACCCUAGGAAAACUGUCUGAUGAAUGAAUGCUGCAGAGUCUGAAAACUCUUAGAACAUCACAAUGAGGACUCUUAGCUUUUACCUCAUCUUCCUCCUUCAUUUGUCUUUGCCCCCAAAUCCAAUGGUUGCAGGCGUGAACUGGGAAACCCAUAACGUGGCGUUUGAGUCCCAUAUAAUUGAUAGGCUCCCACCACCUGAGAAGACUCUACUGGAUCUUUUCCCCUCAGAGAAAUGCUCUGAUGGUGCUGGAUCAGGUCCUGAUUUACAUGAUCAUAUCAAGCCUGGGGAAGUGUGUGCUAUGCUUAAUAGUUCCAGGUUGUGUCUGAUGAAAGUCCUUGUCACAUCUGAGUCACUGUAUAGUCAUGGAAAUGUCAGUGGUGCUUGUGUUAUGGUUAGGAGCCUCAGUCUUAGUAAUGAUGCUUUGCAAGUCUCACUUAAUCAGUCGUCAUUACACUUGUUAACUACUUUUUUUAAAUCAAUCUCACUGCAAUCUUUACUCCGAAUUGACUCUGGUAGAACUCACCAACAUAAUAUUGUAUCUGAGGUAAAUGUGUCAUUUGGUCAUAAGGUAAAUGUGAGGGACAGUUCUAUUUAUUUUGACCACCAGAAUGUGGUGAUCCUGGAAGAUGACCCUGUAGUGACUGAGUCGGCCAACUUCAUCUUUAAGAAGUACCCUUCUUUGUCAACUUUACUGAUAUACCACCAGGGGGAGCUCCAAGUCAUCAGGGGCUCAUAUACCCCUUUGACCGGAGACAGCCGUGUAGUGCUUGUGGGUCAUGGCAGUAAGAACAGUGAUGGGGUGGCAAGACUAGGGAAUUAUGGGCCAGAGGAUCUGGCUGAUGUUGUGGUGGCCAUGAAGAUAGAAGGUGGAAAUCUGCGCACUAUUAGCCUUGUGGGGUGUGCACUAGGAAAGGACCUCCAGUACGCGGGACGGCUUCUGCGAGCACUCAGGUUCCUAAAUGUGGAGACCACACUGCAUUUGCAGACCUCAGUGCUCUCUGUUAGCCCCUGGGGACAGAUAGUGACAAGAGAGGAAGGAGUCUGGAAAUAUAACGAUAGCAGUAAGAAAAUCAUUGCUCAGCUGGACCAGAGUGGUAACCUGCUAACCCGAGUAGAGGGGGCCAACAGGGGACAGGUCAUUCCCAACUAUCAGGGACACACCUUGUACAUACAGACUUUAGAAUGGCCAAGCCACCCUCAGAUGUUUGUCUCAGAAGACUUGCGUAAAAAGUACACCUCCAUUGACUGUCUAGAGGGGCUUACAUGGAGCCUGUUCUUUGAGGAGAAUGAAAGAAGGCGCGCUCCAGAUUACAUCCCGGGGCAACGAAACCUAACAGCAGUUUGGCUGCACGGCCUCAAACCCAUGGAAGACUUUCCUAUCAAACACAUUACCACCAUUCUUGAUUUGCUAGUUGAGAUUAGAUACAAUGCCAGGGAAGACACAAACGUUGACUUGUAUUACGUUCUGAACGACUGCAUCUUCAAGGUGCAGAAGAGAACCUUUUACGCGUCCUUGGUGGGAAAAUACAUUGCUUCUGACCAUCUGCAAGAAAUCGAGAAAUUCACCCACACUUUCCAGGACCAGAGGCAGCACUAUACCCUCCAACAGCUGAGGAAGGGCCUCAAGGCAUCCCAUUUCAACGACUUCUGCCGGCAGACUUUCCAGCUGCAACAUUGUGUCCGUGACUGCGAACACUGGACUCAUUACUUCAUGGCAGCCGUUUUCACUGCGUCCGUCCGGAACUUCCGUACCUUCUCUCUCUUCCUUAUGACUGUUAUCGCUUGUGAGGUGAGCCGAACCCAGGGCUCAGACAGUUCUCUCUGCACAGCCUUUGUUGGGGAUGACCACCCCAUGGUUGUGGAUGACCCAUGGCUGGAACACGGUAGACGCGGGUUCUAUGGCUGCGCCGUGGACAAAGCUGAGGAGAAGAUGACCAAACGGAACACCCUCGAUUGGCUGGAUCAGGUUGUCGCAAAAGAGAACUUUCUCUUCACAAAGUCCAAGCAAAUGAUGAGUGGCGUUGACCACGACCAGAAGACAGAGCUUGAUAUCUUCGGUAGGGUCAAGGUCAUGAAUAAAUAUGUGUUUUCAUCCUACCUGGAAUUCUUUCGAGGGACGCCAGAGGGGAAGAAGCUGGCAAGAGGAUGCAGAGCAUGAGGAUGGAACAACCCUAUUCAAUUACUUUGCACAAGUCGAUUAACUGUACAAGUGUACAAUCUAAAUUUGAAUACCUUAGUGUUGCAAUGUACUAACACAGCAGUAAAUUCAAAACUGUAGUGGAUUAACUGUUUUAAAAGAUUCUUUACAGUUGUGAAUUCCACUUAAAAAU